CACGUUGUCCAUGGGCUGGAAGAGGCGGCUCUGCCUUGUAUCCUGUGAGCCAUUUUGUGCUUGUCGACGAGAAGCACCUCAGCAGACUGGAGGCGCGGAGGAGCCCAGAACCCUGCCCCACCUAACAGCGUGGGACCAUCGCAUCCAGCCGUUCAUUAGGAAGCAGGCCUAAGGUCUAUUGGCACCAGGUUUCCUGAGAUUUGGCUGUCUACUAUAUAAGCAAUGCAUCGUGACUCGUGUCCCCUGGACUGCAAAGUCUAUGUUGGUAAUCUUGGUAACAAUGGUAACAAGACAGAAUUGGAACGUGCUUUUGGCUACUAUGGACCUUUACGGAGUGUGUGGGUAGCCAGAAAUCCCCCUGGCUUCGCUUUUGUGGAGUUUGAAGAUCCCAGAGAUGCUGCAGAUGCUGUCAGAGAAUUAGAUGGACGAACAUUAUGUGGCUGUCGUGUUAGAGUAGAAUUAUCAAAUGGUGAAAAGAGGAGUAGGAAUCGUGGACCUCCACCCUCCUGGAAUAGGCGACCUAGAGAUGAUUACCGUAGGAGAAGUCCUCCUCCAAGACGCAGAUCACCAAGACGGAGAAGCUUCUCGCGUAGCCGCAGUAGGUCCCUCUCUAGAGAUCGCAGGAGGGAGAGAUCUUUGUCCAGAGAUAGGAAUCAUAAGCCCUCACGCUCCUUUUCUAGAUCAAGAAGCCGCUCCAGGUCAAAUGAGAGAAAAUAAUAUGACUGCCUUCAACACUGUACAGAUGACAUUGGAAAGGAUGUUUUCUUUGUUUUUGACAUGCUUUUUAAACCUUUUUUUUAUUAGGUGUUCUUGUAUUGUGUCUUGUAACAAGUGAAGAUAAACGUGGUUCUGUUAUAGUUUCAUACAAAUGAACUGGCAAAUAAAACUGUGCUAACUUUAUACUGUAA